AUGCCAUAUCCGGGAGAAGGGCCUCCUGGGCCCCGCAGAGGGGCCAGACCUGCACCAGGGGCUUCUGAGGCGCCUUCGGCGAGGCAGCAGCGGGGGUCGAAGGAGAUAUGGCGCUCCGAAGGCUCCAAAAAACAGCAGCAGCAACAGCAGCAACAACAGCGCCAUCAGAGCACAGCGGUCAACGAUACAGAUGAGCCAUACACGCAACAGCUGCAGAACCCCCAUGAGGGUCCUCAGGCAGGUCCACCAACAUAUGCAAGGGACAGUUAUCAGAUGGAGGCUGCUGCUGCUGCUGCUGCAGCAGCUUCGAGACAGCAGCAAGAGGAGAGUAGACACCAGCAACAGUUGAUGCAGCAGCAACAUGCGCAGCACCAGCAGCUUCUGCAGCAGCAGCAUCUGCAGCAGCAGCAAGUUCUAGAUCCAUAUGGGAGCAGCGUUGCUGCAUAUGAAGCCGCGUAUGCAGCAGCCGCAGCCGCAGCAGCACCAUCGCUUUACGGUAGCAUGACCCCUGCAGCAGCUGCUGCAACAAACACAGCCCUGCAGCAGCUUCAGCACCUUCAGCAACUGCAGCAAAUGGGCGUCGCUACCCAGCUGGGGCCUCUGCCGCCCUACUUUAGCGACAUUGGGCCGCUUGGCAGUCUGGACCAGCAGCAGCUGCAGCAGCAGCAGCUGCAGCAGCAGCAACUGCAGCAGCAGCAAUUGCAGCAAAUACAACAGCAGCAACUCCAGCAGCAACAGCAGCUACAGCAAAUGCAAAUGCCAAUGAUAUACGCCAUGCAGCAGCCAGGAGGGUCUCCCAUUGAGCUGCAGCAGCAGCAGGCCCUUGUGCUUCAGCAACAACUGCAACUGCAGCAAUUGCAGCAGCAUAUGCAACAGCAAGAUCCGUACCUACAGCAACAGCCAUACGCGUAUACCCUGGCGCAGCAGGCCAAGCUCGCGGCGGCAUACGGAGUCCCAGCUGCCUUGUUGCCGCAAAUGCAGCAGUUGCAGCAGCAGCAGCACUUGCAAGCUUUGCAGCAGCAGCAGCUGCAGCAGCCGAAGGUGCACGAGCAGGUCAAGCCCACUCACCACCAAGAGAUGCAGCAGCAGGUGCUCCAGGGGGAGCCGCAGCGGCACCACGACCAACAGCAGCUUCCAGCGGGAACAGCAGCAGACGUAGGCCGAGUCCCUCAGUCCCACAAAAUGUAUGAUGGAGAGUUUGCUGCUGCUGCUGACCAGCAAGUGCAUCAGCAAGACCAGCGUAAGCAGCAAGCCCGGAGCCAGUCAGAUGAACCUGCAGUGCAGCAGCAACUCCCGCAGCCGCCACACCAGCAGCAGCAACAGCAGCAGCAGCAGCAGAGGGGAAGCGAUAGCACUAGGACGAGACAGCCAGUCCAAGGAGCCCCGAAAGUGAGCAGCGCGCGGAGCAGGGGUGGCAGGACCAACCGGAGCAGCGCAACAGAAGCGGGGCCAGCAGUAACAGCAGUUGUUGCGCCUGCCGCAUCAGCAGCACCUGCAGAAUUCUGCCAAAGUAGCACACCGCCGCCGCCUCCGCCACAGCAGCAGCAGCAACACCACGCUGCCGGCGGCGCUCUACCUAGGGCUUCUGACUGUUCGACUACGUUAUCUGCAGAACGCAUGCCUCAGCACAGCGGUGGCAAUGCGCUGCAGCAGCAGCAGCAGCCACAGCAAUCCGCGCGUAGGCAUCACGGCAGGGUCCCACUGCAAGACGCAAGAGGGACUCCGGCUGGAGGUCAUUCACUGCAAAGCCGAAGCAGCCAGCCAGAGAGGGACCGACCGCAACAACAACAGCUGCGAGGAGACGGACCGCAAAGGCACGCAGCCGCUCCAGGGGCGACUGGUGCAGCACAACACCACCAAAGGCACGACCGCGGCCCAUUGCGCCAGUACCCUCCAGAUCAUCAUCAGCAACAGCAACAGAAGCCGCGUAGAGGGGGUCGUCAGCAGCAGAGUCGGUUUGGGGUAAGCUGCCCUGGCGAAGGAUUCUCGGGGGCCCAUGGCGACUCCGCCAGAGGCUCCAGAGGUGGGGCCUCAUCUUCAGCAACAAGUCACGGGCGUUCACAGGGAGGGGGACAAGGUGGCCUCCAGGGGCCCCCUGCACCGCGGCAGCGAGACCUCCAGCAGGAGGAGGCUCUAGACAGGCGCAUUCUGGCGAUCAUUGCGAACAAUAGAGAAGUUGAGAAGAGACACAGAAUUGCCGAGCAAGAGCGUCAGGCUGCCAGACAACUCGAAGAGGCAGCAGCAGCGGAAAGAGCAGCCGAAGGAUCUCCGCAGACUCCUUCUUCUCGUUUGGUAUCCGCCUCUAAUGGGGCCCAUCCGCGAACUAGUAGUAGUAGUAGUAGCAGCAGCAGCAGGGGAGAGGCAAAGUCAGGCGCUGCCGAUGCUGCAGGGCCCGACCCAGCGUCAGCUACAGCAGCAGCAGCAGGCUCCACUGCUGCUGCUGCUGCUUCACCGACUCACAGGGCGCGUAGUGGCCGCUGGACGGGGGCCUCUCAAGGAGGCCAUGAGACUGGCAAGAGUUCCUCUGCAGGCAGCGUAUCUCACGCUGGGGGGGCGGGACCAAGGGAAUCUUCAGAUACCCCAGUAAGUCGUCGGCACCUGCAAAACAGGCAGCACCAGCAGCAACAUCAGCAUCAGCAUCUGUCCGGUCGGCCAGCUAGCGCAACGUCAGCCGCCGGGGAUGGGCCAAACAGGGCUAAGGGCCACAUCACAAGAAGCAUAUCUCGCGGUGAUACGCGAAGUAGGAGCAGCACGGGGUUUCCCGAGGCCCCGAAUGCUUCCCCAGACCACGAACAGCUGGAAAAGGCACAUCCUGAGGGCGACCAGCAGCAGCAACAGCAGCAGCAACAGCAGCAGCCGCAGCCGCAGCAAGUGGUUGGGAGUAGAAAACAUGUCGAAGGGACUGUCAGUGCGCCUACAAGGGAACGGCGUGCACGACAGCCCGCGAGUAGGCGUCAGGACCCGUCGGAGCAGCAGCAACAGCUGCAACAGCAGCUACACCAUAACGAGGCGCACCGCCCGUCGGCCUCCUCCACAAGCUGGAGAUCUCAAGGUCCCCCGAAGCAGCCUAGAGGGUCUCCUCAGAGUGACGGAUUGCCCGCCUCUAAGCAACAAAUAGAGGGCUCAGUGGGAGGGAGCCAGUCUCCCUCGCCUGCGUCCUCAUUAGGGGCACCUUCGUCACCUGUUGCGGCGGCAGGAGGGGCCGAAGGAAAGUCUUAA